GUUUUAUCCACAUGGUGUUUACACUAAAUCAAUACAUGCGCGUCAUGUGUCUGAAUGUAAAGUUCAUUUUACUUAAUUAACCAUACUUAAUUCAUGUAUUUCACUUCACUAAAUCACUUAACCAUGAUAAAUUACAUUAGUUUGAUAUAAACACUAGGUGCAUAUAAAUUUUUACCUCCUUGAAGGCUGUGUCAAAUCAAUACUCCUUCCAUUUCGAUUACUACUAGGAGACUACUAUACUAGACAAAUGAAAAUGAAGGGAAUGUAAUUGUCUUACUACGUUUAUGCAUUGUUUUAAAAAAUAAAUGAUCUCUAAUUCAAACAUUUUUAUUAGGUAUGUUGCGAAAACAUUUGAAAUAUAUUUUGGCACAUUAUACACAUAUUUCAUUUGAACUUCGUAAUUAAUAAGAACUAAGACACGUAAACUGGAACCGGGGAGUACCGUUACCUCCCUUUAUCUCAAUGCUCAAACCGAGGAAGGAAGAAGAGAUGCAUCCUUGUCUAUGCAAUGAGACUCCACUUGCAUGAGACAUCAAUGAGUCACAGCAGACCUCUGGCAAUUUUCUCCCUAUAUAAACCUCACUCACCUUGAAUCUUCAAACCACAGCAAAACAGAAAACACAAUUCCUAUCUUCUUCUUGGCCUAUAACCAUCCACCAGCGUAAAAAUGCCGAGCACCAUGGAAGAUGUCACUGCCAAGAUUGAUGCAGUUGAAAUCGACCCCAAGAGUGGUCUUGCUUUGAAGUCAACAAUGGACAAGGAGAAGGUGAGUGAAGGUGAACCAAAGACUACAGAAACAACACAAGAGAAGCCUAACGAAGCCAAAAGUGAUCCGGAGAAAGAACCUAAUGGUGCAACUUUCAAAGAGGAAGAAGUUCCUGUUGAGGUUGAGCCUAAAACUGGAGUUUCUUUUGUUGUCAGAGUUGAAGAUGGGAAGCAGUUGAAAGCUGUAGGUUUAAGGAAGAAGAGCAUGCUUGGCAUGGGCAUUAAAAUCUAUGGCUUUGGAAUAUAUGCAGACGAUGAGAAAUUGAAAGACCUUAUGCGAUCCAAGAUUGGGAAAGCACCAUCAAAACCAACAAAGGAGAUGUAUCAAAUGGUGAUUGAUAGUGAUUUUGGAAUGAUGGUGCGGCUGGUAAUUGUUUUCUCUAACCUAACCAUGAGCAUGGUAAGAAAGAACUUUGACGAAGGCCUUGGAGCUGCCAUCAAGAAGCUCACUGGUGGGAAGAACGAAGAGCUCACGAAGAAGAUCAUGGGUGAAGCCUCUGAUGACAUAAAGCUGAAUUCUGGUUCUGUAAUUGAGAUUUCAAGGCUCCCAGGAUAUGUUCUUCAGACCAAAGUAAAGGGUGAGACCGUGAGCAAGGUGGAAAGUGAACUACUCUGCAGGGCCUUCAUCUACAUGUAUUUGGGUGAUGAUCCCUUUGACAAAGAAGCCAAGGAGAGGUUCGGGGCAUCCAUGCUCUCUCUGUUCUAGGUAGUGGGUUUCCAGCAAUUUCUAGCCUCUAGGUUGUUGAAGAAUAAGCUAGUGAAUUUGAGCUGAUGAAUAAUUGCUCAAUAAAAGAACGAUCAUGGUUGAGUUUUCA